AAUGCUACAAGGAAAGUUAAACCGGCAGAAUCAGAUGUCAAUAAUCCUUUGAGAAGUAUGGAAAUCAAAUCACUAAAGGUGUAACUGAUGUUUGACAAAUCAAAACUUACAUAUUUCUGACCAGUAGUUUUAUUUGUUAGAAUGAGUAGUACACAAGGAGCACGGGUACGGGCCCUGUAUAAGGCUAUUUUAAAGCUGCAUCGUGGUUUACCUCUGAAUUUCAAGGCCAUUGGAGACCAAUAUGUGAAGGACGAAUUUAAAAGACACAAAAACAUCACCUCAGCAGAAGCAGAGGUGUUUAUGGACGAGUGGACAAAAUAUUAUCUGAUGAUAGGAAAGCAACUGUCUCAGAGAAAACAGAAACAGACCAUAGGAGUUAACAUGUCUUCAGAACUUUUGGACUGCUUUAGUGAUGAACAAAUUGUGCAGCUGAUGGAGUUAAAAACGGAGACUGUAAAACCUACACCGGAAGACAGCUAACCCAUCUAUAUCUAUACUCUGUUUUCAAAAGAGGUCCUCACAUCAUAUUCUGGUUAUCUAAGUUCUGCUUUUUCCAAAUAUAACUGGAUGAUAGUGAUGAAAACUUACCUAAUUAUUAUUUAAAGAAAAAAGGACAACAUAACUUUGUCUGUUUUGUGAUUUCUGUUGAUUAUAAAUUUUAUUAACAACAACAUUGUGUUCAUUAAGCUGUGAAUAAAGUAAUAAAACUUA